UUACGUCACACAGAAUCCGGAAGUAGUUUUUCCCAUAGCAACUCGUGGUGUAGCUUCGCGUCGGCUACUUAGAGCUUUCGUUUGUUAUUGUUUAUAAUUUAACUUGUUUUUUUAACCAAUUAUGUCUUCAAAAGAAAACAAUAAUGUCCAGGAUUUACACAGACAUUCUGUUGAACGCAAAGAGGAGCUAAACAAACAGAUCACGGAGCAAAAGGUGGCAGUUGACGAGCUGUCUAAUUUGAAGAAGGACAGGAAAGUGUAUGUCCAACAGAGGAACAGCAACAUAUUAUUCUUGGCUGACAGAGGACAAACCUUGAGUUCAUGCAAGAAGAAGCUGGAUAGCCUGACAAAGGAGUUACAGGACAUGUAAAGCUGAGUCUUCCUGCAACCAUGUGUGGCAUCUUUUGCAUUGUGUGUCCAGAGUUUGGUUCCUUAACGAGGGACAACGCAGUGUGUGAACAUUUGAAAAGAAGAGGGC